UGACUCUUGGCUAAGAUUUCCGUGGGACUUGUCACUUUGGCUUCUCAGCUACAGACAUCUCCAUGAUCUCGGUUCCUUUUCCCUAGCCUCACCCCUCUACCCCAAAAUAACGUCCACAAAAAUAGGUGAUAGACCCUAGGGAGUAUAAAGCACUUGUAAGUUUCUUGAACUGGGAAUCUGCAAUCUCUAGUCAUCUUGAAAAAUAUCUCUCAUUGAGAGGAUUGAAGUGGCGUUCUGAGGUCACUUAAAAUCAUGACAAGCUCAGUUGGACAGAAAAAAGUCUCUUCAAGACAAAGGAAGUGUGGUUUUUGUAGAUCUAAUAAAGAUAAUGAAUGUGGACAAUUAUUGAUGUCAGAAAACCAGAAGGUGGCAGCACAUCACAAAUGUAUGCUGUUUUCAUCUGCACUGGUGUCUUCGCACACUGAUAAUGAGAGUCUUGGUGGAUUCUCUAUUGAAGAUAUUCAGAAAGAGAUAAAAAGAGGCACUAAACUGAUGUGCUCCCUGUGCCAUUGUCCUGGAGCAACCAUUGGCUGUGAUGUGAAAACAUGUCACAAGACAUAUCACUACUACUGUGCUUUGCAUGAUAAAGCUCAGAUAAGAGAGAAACCCUCACAAGGCAUUUACAUGAUUUUAUGUCGAAAACACAAGAAAACUACGCAUAACUCUGAAGCAGAUUUAGAAGAAAGUAUCAAUGAACAUGAGUUGGAGCCUUCACCUCCCAAAGGAAAAAGGAGGGGUCGUAAGGGAAAGCCAAGAAAAACAAAUUUAAAAGGGCAAUCAGAAGACACUAGAUCCACGUCUUCACAUGGCACAGACGAAAUAGAAAGCAGUUCCUAUAGAGACAGGUCUCCCCACAGAAGCAGCCCCAGUGAUACAAAACCUAAAUGUGGAUUCUGUCAUGCAGGUGAAGAAGAAAAUGAAGCUAGAGGAAAGCUUCAUAUAUUUAAUGCCAAAAAGGCUGCAGCACACUAUAAGUGCAUGUUAUUCUCUUCUGGCACUGUCCAGCUAACAACAACAUCAAGAGCAGAGUUUGGUGAUUUUGAUAUUAAAACUGUACUUCAAGAAAUCAAGAGAGGAAAAAGAAUGAAAUGCACACUUUGCAGCCAGCCUGGUGCUACUAUUGGGUGUGAAAUUAAAGCCUGCAUCAAAACAUACCAUUACCACUGUGGAGUAGAAGACAAAGCUAAAUACAUUGAGAAUAUGUCACGAGGAAUUUAUAAACUCUAUUGUAAAAACCAUAGUGGAAAUGAUGAAAGAGAUGAAGAGGAUGAAGAAAGAGAAAGCAAAAGCCGUGGAAAAUCAGGCACUGACCAUAAUGACAUUCCUCAGCAGCAGCUCAAUGGAAACUAGGUUCAAGGGACAGAGUUAUAGAACUGGGAAUGGCUAAGACAUCAUAACUACUAAUUCUUUUAAAUUGUUUUCUAAAAUCAGAAAAGGGUUAGUAACUUUUUACUACCCAACUCUGUUAGAAGUUUCAUUGAACUGCCUGAAACGUUCAUGUGUGUGAGCCUUCAGUAAGUGGCAGAGUUUUACAUGUCAAUAUUAUGUAGUUUGUAGUCUGCAGUGUCUGGAAAAAAUGAAACACUAUAUAAAUGAUAUGUAAUAUGUACAGUGUCAAAAGUUAAGGCAGACAUUGAAAUGAAGUAAGAUCUAUAUUUCUGGACCUAAUAAAAACCUUAAGAUUUGGAAUGUGUAAGUUGUUUAGUGGAUUCAUGCAACGAGGGAAGGUCUUAGCUAGUUUAAUUAACAUCAUGGACAAGUUCAUGGUGGCAACAAGCCGGUACUUUGUGAAUUUUACGUUUUCUUCAUAUACAAGCUAUGGAGGCUAUACAUGGGAAAGCCGCUCUCUGUUUUUGCUUGCAAAGCACACAGUAGAAAAGGACUCAGUGUGCACCGAAGCACGCUUGAACAUUUCAGGUUGUUCCUGUUGUGAUUGCUCAUUCCGCCCAGCAUUGUUUGCGGGAGAUUUACUUGAGCAGCUGUUGGUUCUGAGCUGUGAGCUGUAGAACUCAUGCCAAAGGGCUGUAGUUCAUUCUUUCCCUGACAACCCACCUCUUUCUGCGUCCCUGAUUUACCAAGAACACUUCACUAAGUGUGAUUACAAACUUAUUAUACAAACCUUUGGACUCUGCAACCCAAUCUCUCUUACUUCAGAGUUACAACGUUAACUCGCUAUGGAAUUUAGCCACCAUAUCUGACGUCCAUACCUCAAGUGUUCUGUGUUGUGUGGAACACUUCAUGUUUUGUCCAGAAUAUGCAGAGAGGUCCCAUAUUCUGUAAGAAGAAUGAGGAAACAGCCUUUUUUCCUAGAUUGGUAUUUAUUUUUUAAUCUUAUGACCACUAUAUGAGAAACUUUGCUUAUCAUCCUUAUUGUUUUCGUGACUUUUUUUUUUUUUUUUUCUUUCUGUCAAGUCAGCAAUCAUGUCAUGGAAUUCUACUUGCUAGAGUUUGAUGUUCCACUAGGGAAUAAUCAAAUCUAGGUUAUACCAAACCUAACAGAUCAGUCCUCUGACUGCUUUCAGAACACCUUGGCGUUUCUAAUGGCUACUAGCUUCUCAAUUGGUCUGUUAAAGCACGUUCUCAGACUUACCUUACAUAAAACCAAAAAACUGAACCUGAUCCACAAGUUUAUCUGUUGCUAUCGCAUCACACUGUUUAGGGUUUUGACUUGUUUAACUCUGAACUCCCAACAAAACUUCUAGAUUUGAAGGAAGGAAACAAGCAAAAUGCAGUGAUUUGACUAUAAUCUGCUACAGUUCUUCUGUGAUUGGUAUUGCAAAAACAGUUCACUUGUAACAUGAGUUUCUGUAGCGUUUUUUACUUGUAUUUUUAAAAGAUUUAACGUGUGUCGUUGUCUUCUUAUGCAUUCCCUUAAUGUCUUGAGGGACUCAAUUACUGUAUAUUAUAGAGUUUCUAACAUUUUAAUUGUUAGAAUUCAAUCUGUUUGCUUUCCUGGGGAAUAAUGCAGUUUUGGAAAGAAAUAUUGCUGUGUACAGAAAAUAUUCAGUUACUGCUCUAAACAUGAUGCCAUUGAUCAUUUUUAUUUUGUAUUUGUAACUUUCAAAAUUAAAAGCGUGACUUGAAUUGCAAUGACAGAUCGAUUAUUGAAAUUGUCUAUCAAGGUGUUUAUUUCUUCUAGAAUAUGAACAUUUUCAGCCACUCAGAACAGUUUUAGAAUGCAAAAUAACAUCCUUCAGUGUUGAAAUUGCUUCUAGGUUUUGUGCCUCAGACAUGGCUCUCCCAUGGAAUAAAGGCACUUUCUUUGCAGCUACUGUAUUUUUAACUAAGAUUGGAUGACAGAUACAUGGGAUAGAUCUGCCAGCAUACUAAUUGUAUUUGAGACUGAGCUCUAAAUCAUAUUGUCAGUUGCUUAAUAUGUUAUUCAGUCUAAUUCAUCUGAUGUGAAAUAAUGUACGCCAUUCCAUGCCACUAAAAACCAGAACAGCACUUUACUUUUGGGUAGCAGAAGACUAAGUGGCUGGUUACCUGUUACCUCUUUGUGCUGGUAUGGCCUGACUAAAUUGUCACUAAUUAAUGGGAACUGAAAGUCAAAAGCAAAAGUCUUUUUGUUAUGAGCUUCAAAUUGGUCAUAACUGACUUCAGCUUGUCAUGUAUGCUGGGUAAAAGUGCCUUACAAUGUAAAAAUUGUAUUUAUAUGUUCCCAAGUAGCAUCACCUGCUGGGGAGUAAUUCUGUUGUGGUGUUAAUAUUUAGAAGAAAUGUACCUCAGCAGUGUAUUUACUGUACAUCUCUUAUGUCCUUAAUUGUAGUUUUAAAAAGCAUGACAAUGUAUGAUAGGUAUACAACAUUUACAUAAUUUUUUAAAGACAAAAUACUGCCAUUGCUGUCUUUUUAUGCAUAUUUUAGCUUGGAAUUUCAGACAGUCUGUCUGAUUUUUUUUUUUUUUUUGGUUUUUUGGUUGGUUUGUUUGUUUCUUAAGCAGUGUAAUCUUUGCAAGCAUAUAUUGAAGAUUAUUCUGGAGCAUCUACUGCCUUCCCAGAAAUGUUAGAAGUAAUGAAAGUGCUCAAUAGGUGAAAUAGGUAUGUUUAAAUUAGCUAGUUAAAUUAAUACAGUCUGUUUGUUCCUGGGAUUUUUUUUAAUAGGCACCUUCUGCUUUCAUCUCACAAUCAGAAAACUAUCUUGAUUUUUAAGAGAACUUGUCAUGUGAAACUGAUUUCACUUGAUAAUUUUUUUUUUUUUAAGCCUUUGAGGUUUUUGGGUUUUUUGGGUCCACCAGAGUAGUGUAGUGUGUCUUGUUUAAAGACUCCUGGAACCCUCUGAUAAUGGAGAUCUCUCCCCAACUCACUGUGUCUCUGUAUUAACAGAUCUGCGAUUGUGCUAUACCAAGAAAGGACUGUACCAAGGAAGGACAGCCAUCAGAAGGGUAUAGCUCAAGUUACAUGAGGGUCCAGCUGGUGUUGUGCCAGAGUCCAAAGGCAGGAUUAAACAACGUAGCAGUAAGCUAUGCUAUCACUCCGUUUCACAGAAGCAUAAAAGGUGCAGUUCAAUAGAUAAGGUGUCCAAAAGGUCUACUCAUUCGGCAGGUGUUGAUCCACAGGAGCUUCUGUGAUAAGGCUCUAGUAGGAGUUACAUCAGGAGGUUAACUCCUGGAGGGCAGCAAUAAGUCCAUCACCUACACUCCGCAAAGUCUGAUCUUCAGGUGCAAAGAGCUGUGCUGAUAUAGGAAGGUAUGAUUUUACUGAAUCUGGCCCUGAAUUAAUUUCUGCUUUUAGUAGACAAGAAAUGUGAUAUAAAGGAGUAGAGCUUGCUUCUUAUUGCUGCCUGCAUGGAGAAUAACUUUAUGCUAAACUAGAGCAGAAGAUGGAGUGAUAGCGCUUUGAAAUAUCAAACUUAUCUGGCAGGUGAUAAUCAGUGCAUUCCAAAAAAGAUUAAUAUGCAGAAUCAGAUUGACAAUAAAAUUAAUCCCCAUUAAAUGAAACUAAUCUUAAAAGAGAACUGAAAGUACAUUAUAGCAAAUAGUAACUCUUCUUCCAAGUCACCAGAAACAGAACUACAUUAGCAGUGGAGGUUAAAAAACCGAACACAGCUCUUAAUUUAUGUAUAAAUGUUGAAGCAGUUUCUAUAUAUGCAUAUAUAUGCACAUUCAUUAGUCAGCAGUGACAUCUCAACCCUUAAAGGAUCCUGGAGAACUGUAGCUUGUCAAAAAGCACUCAGGUUAGGCUAACAUCUGCAGCUUUUGCUCUAGCAUACAUUUACAUUAGGUGUAAAGACAAGGAAUGUAUGAAAGAGGGUAAAUGCAUUCCUAUCUACAAUGUUAUGUAUAUUUUGUUCCUGUUAUAUUGGCUUUACUUCCAAAGUUGUAGUUUGCAGUAUUAGUUUCUUUUUAUUGGUAUCCUUGCAUAUAUAUAUAUAUAUUCAAUAAAUGAGUUAUGAAUUUCA